AUGGCCUCUGACUCUACGGCCGCCGCGACGGUCGACGGCAGCGCGCUCGCGGGGCGCGCGCUGGCCGCGGCGGGCACGCGGCACAUGUUCGGGGUGUCGGGCAUCCCCGUCACCUCCCUCGCGUCCCGCGCCGCCGCGGCCGGGGUCCGCUUCCUCGCCUUCCGCAACGAGCAGUCCGCGGGGUACGCCGCCGCCGCCUACGGCUUCCUCACGGGCUCCCCGGGCGUCCUCCUCACCGUCUCCGGCCCGGGAUGCGUCCACGGCCUCGCGGGCCUCUCCCACGCCACCGCCAACGCCUGGCCGCUCCUCAUGGUCUCCGGAUCCUGCGACCAGGCCGACGCCGGCAGGGGCGACUUCCAGGAGCUCGAUCAGAUCGCCGCCACCAAGACCUUCGCCAAGCUCGCCGUCAAGGCCACAACCAUCGCCGACAUCCCGCGCCUCGUCUUCCAGGCCCUCGCCGCCGCCGUCUCCGGUCGCCCCGGCGGGUGCUACCUCGAUAUCCCGUCCGACGUCCUCCACCAAACCCUCGCUGAAUCCGAGGCCGCGGCUCUCAUAGCAGCCGCCGCCGCCAAUUCGGUUGCAGCCGAUCCUUCCCCGUCGAAGCACAAGUCCCUAGACGAGGGAGUCGAGAAAGCUGCGGACCUGCUCCGGCGUGCGGAGCGGCCUCUGGUUGUGUCUGGGAAGGGUGCGGCGUACGCGCGCGCGGAGGAGGCGAUUCGGAAGCUGGUGGACACCACGGGCAUCCCCUUCCUCCCGACGCCGAUGGGGAAGGGGGUCGUGCCUGACUCGCAUCCACUCUCCGCCACGGCGGCACGCUCACUCGCCAUCGGGCAGUGCGAUGUGGCUCUGGUCGUCGGUGCCAGGCUUAAUUGGUUGCUUCACUUUGGCGAGCCACCCAAGUGGUCCAAGGAUGUCAAGUUCAUCCUUGUGGACGUCUCCGAGGAGGAGAUUGAGCUCCGGAAGCCACAUAUGGGGAUUGUUGGGGAUGCGAAGAGAGUAAUUGAGCUGAUCAACCGGGAGAUCAAGGACAAUCCAUUCUGCUUGGCUAAGUCGCACCCAUGGGUUGAAGCUAUCACCAAGAAGGCCAAGGACAAUGUUCUUAAGAUGGAGGCGCAGCUAGCAAAGGAUGUUGUGCCGUUCAACUUCAUGACACCAUUGCGGAUAAUCAGAGAUGCGAUCCUUGCUGAGGGGAGUCCGGCUCCGGUAGUGGUCUCAGAAGGGGCAAACACCAUGGAUGUUGGCAGGGCUGUGCUUGUGCAGAAUGAACCAAGGACAAGACUGGAUGCUGGGACAUGGGGGACGAUGGGCGUUGGAUUGGGGUACUGUAUUGCAGCUGCAGUAGCUGAACCCGAAAGGCUUGUGGUUGCUGUUGAGGGCGACUCUGCAUUUGGAUUCAGUGCAAUGGAGGUUGAGACGUUGGUGAGGUACCAGCUGCUUGUCGUUGUAAUUGUUUUCAACAACAACGGUGUCUACGGCGGUGACCGGAGAAGCCCUGAUGAGAUAACCGGACCCUACAAAGAUGACCCUGCCCCAACUUCUUUCGUUCCGGCAGCAGGCUACCAUAAAAUGAUGGAAGCUUUCGGAGGGAAAGGUUAUCUUGUGGAGACACCAGACGAGCUCAAAUCUGCCCUUUCAGAAUCGUUCCGUGCCAGGAAACCAGCAGUGAUUAAUGUUAUCAUUGAUCCUUAUGCCGCCCAAAUGGAUUUAGGGAGAUCUUUGACCGACAUAAUUAUAGAGGGCUUCACUCCAGCUACAGUGUCCACCAAUAUCCCACUUCGUAAUGAUGUACAAGCACGCGAUGAGGUCGCUGCUGCGGUGAAAGGAAUUCAGAAAAGGUCCAAAAAUUUCACUGUUAAAGAGGACGAGAUGUUGGUGUCAGCAUGGCUAAAUAUGAGUUUGAAUCCUGUAGAGGCCAGAAAUCAGAGUGGUGUAUCUGUCGAUGACAAGCAAGCAAAUGCAUUAACUAUGCAUAAGAAUGAUGACCCAUUUCAUAGGACUUUCCAGUACAUACAUUGCUGGAAAAUUCUCAAAAACCAUUCAAAGUGUACACAUAGGCGCCAACAAAUUGAAGCUCAGAAACCAUUCAGCAAAAAGCAAAAGACCACUGCCAGUUCAACUCCUGCUACUGAUGCAGCAGAACAUGUCACUGGUACUGUAGAUGACACACAUACUACAAUAACCACAGUGGACAGGCCUACUGGGACUAAGAAGGAAAAACAGAAAUUAAAGCAGCGUUCCAGCAUUGAAGCUUUGAAUUAUUUAUUGGCAAAGAAGAAAGAGGUGGAUGCUGAGAAGGAGAUGAAGAAAGAAGAGAGGGAGUUGAAGAAACAUGAGAUGCUCCAAAAAGCCCUUGCUUUGCAGGAAGAAAGGAUAAAACUUGACAAAGAUAAAUUUGAUUUUGAGCGGGAUCGAGAAGAAGAAAGAAUUAUCAAUGUUGAUAUGAGCACUAUGUCAACCAGACAGUAA